AUGAGUGGGCUCAUUUCUUCUUUGCUGAUCGAACCCGUCGUUCGGCAAGCCCGUCGUCUCUCAAAUCAGACAAACUCUCAUCCGCCUUACGAUGACGACCUAGCCGAUUCGCUACCGAUCACACGGAGCAGCAGCUCUUCAGCAACUUACAACGACGAUGACCGCGCUAAAAUAUCAAGUAGGAAGGAUGAUCAUGAGACUUCGACAAUAGGAUUGAAUGGAGAUUACUCGGAAGCUGAAGGUACUCAUUUCGUACCUGCCUCACCGGCGCCGUCUGAACUGAGCAGUCGGCGCCAUGACCGCGGCGGCGCUAUAUCACCAAGCCAGUCUCAUUCUGGAACACCUGUUGUAUCAUCACAGAACCUGCACGGCCUGAGUGAUUCGGAACAUGUUGAUGGCGUACGACCGUACGCUGCACCUGAAGUAACAGGAGCUGACUCUACGCCUGUCUUCCCUCAAAAUAUGGUUUUCGAGCCAAAUCCAGGUGCACAAGAGUCAAAUCAUUUGUCAGCCCGCCAUGGCAAUCUUGAUGACACUGGUGACCAGUUUUUGCUUCCGGAGGACGACGGAAUGGGCGUUUUGAGAAAGAAGAUCCACGCUAUUCGGGACCUCCAAUCCAGCAAUGAGGAGAAAGCACGUAUGAUUCACGAAUUGAUGACUGAGAGCCCCCAAUUAUCCGAGCGAUCUGUUACUCCGAUUUCCCGCUGCGGCAGCCGGUCCUCCGACCAUGCGCCCAUCGAUCCACCUUCAACAGCUUCGACCAGCCAUCAAAUCGAGGACACGUACAGAUUAACCGCCGAAGACCUGAGACCCACGUUCUUUCCUAAGCCCGAAUCGAACUCGCCCGUGUGCGAUUUUGAGGAUACGGAUGCCGAGGACGUCGAGGAGGCCUGCUUGGGCUGCCGACAUUAUAAAAGGAACGUCAAACUACAAUGCUUUGAAUGCAAGAAAUGCAAAACCAUUGCCAACAUGGAAUCGACGUUCCGAAACCUGGAUCGCACCAUUCAGAGUCAGCCCAUGCCCGCAGAAUUCAAAGAUACUAGCGCACUGAUUCACUGCAAUGAUUGUGGUGCGAAGUCAGUUGUUCGAUAUCACUGGUUAGGUUUGAAAUGUGAUAUGUGCGAAUCAUACAAUACUGCUCAGAUCCGCCUGCUCCACGGUGAAGUCCUGGAUUCUCUUGACCGAGUCGGCGGAGACAACAGGGAUAUAUCAGCUUCUCCGACACGAUCCUCAUUGCACGGUGCGGAAGAAGAAGCUACCAUACCAUUGCCUCCCGCCCAGUUGCGGGUUGAUACGAGCUCCCCCUCUGGAGCAGGGUUGAGUCCACGACUUGCCGCAUCAUCGUCUGCUGAGCAGAAUGGACGUUUCUCCUCGUAUAGCCUAACUCGGGGUCGUGCUGUCUCACCAGUCAUCAGUAAUUAUUUCGGAUUGCCUCCGGACCGUGAUUCCAACAGAUCGAGGUCAACUCUACCUUUUUUUGGGGAUCUUGCUGGAAAAGAUAGUAAUGACCAUACUGGUGGUAAGCUUCGUUUGUGGGGAACAAAGAUUAAAUACAAAUACGGCUUCCUCGACCGAGAAACAGAAUCAGCUGACGGGACCUCGGAGGUUGAGGAGGAAGGAGACGACGGUGACGACUCAGCAGAUGGCGAUUCGGUGGGAAACGACGAAGUCGAUCGUGGGGACCCAGAAGAAGACGAUGAUGAAGAUGAAGGCAUUGAUAUUUUUGGACACCGAUGA